GCAUGUCCUUUCCGACUCAUUAACAUAAAGUGUCGAGACGCCAUUUUCACUUGUUCAAAAAGAAAGAUGAUGAGAUCAGGAAACUUCACGAGACCUGCGGGUAACUUUCGGGGUCAAGGCAACUUUAACAGGAAUCAGGGACAAUUCAACAGAAAUCAAGGCGGGGGUAAUUAUGGAAGAUAUCAAAAUCAACAAGGCGGUGGAUAUCAAGGACAGGGAAACAAUUAUGGCGGACGCCAGCAGAAUCAAGCUAAAAGCCCUGGCAAGUAUGAACCACCGAAGAAAACCCCCACGCCAACUAAGCCGUCGAAACCAGAUGAGGUCAAGUCUGUAAAAACUGAUCAAAAGCAGGAACUUAAAACUCAGAUGCCUCCACCAGCCCAAUCUCCGAAGAAAGACACCACAACCCCACCUGCUCAAAAGACGACUCCUAAAGCCACCACACCAGCCAAGAAAGACGAACCAGCCAAACCGACAGGGAAUGGGACCUCGACUCCGAAAACUGAUGUUUCUAGCGAACAGAAACGACCCCAUCAGUCGCCCAAAUCACAACAGGCGAAGCCACAAGACCAACAGACUCAGAAUAAGCCCCCCAACUUCCAGAAUCAGAAACAGGACAGACCACAGAAUACAUUUCAGAAACAAGACAGGAAUCAGAACACUAACAACCAGAAACAGGAUAGAUCACAGAACAGCUUUCAGAGGCAGGAUAGACAGGGCGGCGGAGGCGGCUUUCAGAAGCAGAAACAGUACAAUAAACAAAACCGUGAAAGGGAUUCAAGUUUUUCACGAGGAGAUCAGUAUAUGUCUUUUUCAGAUCAGGGCCCAAAAGAAGAAAAGAAGUUCACAGGCAGAUGUCGACUAUUUGUUGGCAAUUUAACACCAGAUGUCACAGAAGAUGACUUCAAGAAGAUGUUUGAACAGUAUGGAGAGGUCUCUGAGGCAUAUGUCAACUCAGGAAGAGGAUUUGGCUUCAUUCGCAUGGACUAUCGUCAUAAUGCUGAAGCAGCAAAGGCAGCCCUAGAUGGCUUGCAGAAGAAAGGAAGAACCUUGAGGGUGAGGUUUGCCACGCAUGGUGCUGCACUAAAAGUCAAGAACAUACAUGCUUAUGCAUCCAAUGAACUUCUUGAAAGUGCCUUUCAACAGUUUGGAGACCUUGAAAGAGCCAUUGUAAUUGUGGAUGACCGUGGAAAGCCAACAGGAGAUGGAAUUGUUGAAUUUGUUCGUAAACCAGGAGCACAACAGGCACUAAGAAGAAUCAAUGAUGGAAUCUUCCUUUUGGGAUCAUCUCCCAGACCUUUAGCUGUGGAGCCGCUUGAGCAGACAGAUGAGGAUGAUGGCAUGCCUGAAAAAUUCUUGAACAAGAAUGAAGGUUACAAAAAGGAAAGAGAAAAGGACCCUCGUUUUGCAAUGCCUGGUUCAUUUGAGUGUGAGUUUGCACAGAGAUGGCGUCAAAUUGAUGACAUGGAAAAGGAGAGAAUAGACCGAGUGAAGAAGGAAAUGGAGGAUGCCAGGCUUAGAUUGGAUGAUGAAAUGCAGGGUGCUCUCAUUGAGUACCAAGCUGAGCAGAUAAGAAAAGAUCUGAUGCGUCAGCAAGAAGAGUUGAGAAGACUGGAAGAGAUGAGACAACAGGAUCAGAUGCGCCGUCGACAGGAUAUGGAAAUGAGGCAACGUGAAGAAGAGCGCAUGAGAGUGGAGGAAGACCGUCGUCUUCAAGAGAUGAUGAUGAACAGACACAGUGGACCUAUGGAUCAAGGUGGACCCAGAGGUCGUGAAGAAAUGAUGGGUGGAAUGCGUGAUGGUCCGAGAGGAAUGAAAGAUGGAGCACCACCACUGCCCCCACCACCUGCCCCUCCUGCAGGCAUGGGGUUAGAUAGAUCAGGACGCCCUAGUCAGAUGUCAAGCAGCUUUCAGCAUGGUUCCAACAUGGGCAGUGGAAUGGGUGGUAGCGGUCAAAUGGGUGGGAGUGGAAGCCAGGGAGGCAGCAUAGGUGGAAUGGGAGGCAGCAUGCAGCGUCAAUCACGCUUUGAUCAACAAGGAGGGAGCUUUGAGGGAGGGUUCCAGUCUGGGGGUGGGAUGGGUGGUCCCAUGGGUGGUAGUAUGAGUAGCAGCCAAGGAAACAUGUUUGGCGGUCAAGGCAUGGGUGCUCCCGGCAACAUGGGUGGAGGUAAUGGAGGCCCAGGAAUGAGAGGCGAUCGCAUGGACCGACGACGAGAAGGUGGACCAAGAGAGGAAUAUGGAGACUUGAAGAGAAGGAGAUACUGAGAUUUCUUGAAAACACAAACGUUUUCAUCAUUUCUCACUGACUUGUGAGCAAGAUUGUGCUAUGCCCUGUUUGGGCUUGACUUGCAACAUGAAUAAUUCCAUAUUCUUAAUCAUGAACAUUUUUUUAAUGAUUUGGUCCGAAGGCCAAAGGAGACAUUAUUGUAUAUGUUCCAAGUCUAUGUGCGAUUUUAGGAUGUCAGUAUUUGUUUUCAAUCGUAUCAGUCAUGUUUGGUGUCCCUCAUCGAAAAAAAACAGCAGACAUUAUGAUGACCUAGAGGACAUCAAGAAGAUUAAUGCUUCUGUUGUAAGGUCUGUUUAUUUGAACUAUUAACAUAAGUUUUAUUUUGCUUCCACUUAUUGCUGUCAUUGGUUUUAAGAUUAGGGUACUUGUUUUCAUUAUAUCACAGUCAUGCAUGUUUCUUUAGAUCACUUUAACUUUUGCAUAUGUGAAAAUAGCAUUCAUAAUCUUAAUCGUUACAUUGAAGAGUUGUUGUGUAUGUAGUAGUACUUGUAAUAAAAGUUGUCCUUAACAUGAAAA